AGUUCCGAGCAUUUUCUAGGUAUUGUACAAUGACCAAUCCGACCAAAGAAGAAUUUUUUGACAGUAUUGUCUCGGAAGAAGAGACCUAUCAUUCAUCAUCAGAGAAGGACAGUGUCAGUGGUGCACAGAAAUAUUCAUAUACUCUUGGAAGCAGUUUAGUUAAUCAGACUGAUGUGGAUGUGGGCCAUAUGGACACUGUUGAAAAUGCCAGCAAAUGUAGGAUCAAUAUGCAUGAAGAGCUGUUUGUAAAACUUGAUAACACGCAAACUGAAAGGUCUGAAUGCGAAUACAAAUAUAGUAAUAUGGAGCACUGUCAAUCAAGGCAACAUGUUAUGACACUUCCACAGUGUUCUGACACUAUUUCUGACAAUGUGAUGAAGGAGGGACAACAGCAUGCAGAACGACACAAGUCUGAUAAUGGUUGUCAAUGCGCAGAUACAUGGCGGGCAGGUCAAGAUGAACAUAGAGAUCUUCAUUCUGCAAAAAGACUAAAUAAGUCAUCACAGCAUACCAGAGAUAACCCAACUCAGUACAAGGAAAAAGCACAGCUUCAUGCAAAUAACAUGGAGCCCUCUCAGCAUUCUGUGUCCUCUAGAUCUGUGACAUCAGGAGGGGACAACGCUGUUCCAUCUUGCUCUAGGGUGGGACACACCCCUCUCUGUACAUCAUCACCACGGAAACAUAGCAGCGGUAUGUGCUUCUCAGAACAGAGCCAUAACACAAGCCUGCAAAGUGAGGGCCCAGUGUGCAGGAUCUGCCACGAGGGUGAUGUAUCUGGUGGCGGAAUGCUUAUCUCCCCCUGCCACUGCACAGGCUCACUGGGCCUCAUACACGUAGGCUGCCUGCAGACCUGGCUGGGCUCCUCCAACAAGACACAGUGUGAGAUCUGCCACUUCCAGUUCUCCAUGCUGCGGAGGCGGAAACCUCUCAGAGAGUUCCUACGAAACCCAGGCACUGCCAUCGACAGAAGGAAUCUGCGCAUUGAUCUAAUAGCCUUCAUCUUUAUCACACCCUUCACCAUCGCCACAACCUGGUUGUGCAUUGCAGGUGUAUUGCAGUACUACCGUCAUCCAGACGCCACGGCAGAGCGGGCUGGUCUCAUUACUCUAGCUGUUACACUGAUCUUACUCUACACCAUCUGGGUCACGAUUUCAGCGAGGCACAACUGGCGCCUGUGGCAGGAGUGGAAGUUGUAUAACCAGGAAGUGACAUUGCUGUGCGAACCAGAGGCAAGCAAGGGUAGCCAGGUUCAAACAAAUGCCAGUGUGCAAAAAAUAAAAAUUAGUGUUUCACAGCCUACUGACAAGCAGUCCCGCCACUCAAUAUCUAGAAGAAGUGAAGGUCAAGGCCUGGCAGAUUCCAGUUCAGAGAGGAGCAGGGGUCGAAGUUCGAGGGCAAGCCAUGAAAUCCAUGUGCAGGCCAAGGUCACUGCUGAGGAGGUCAAGGGUAAGACACUUCAAAGGAACAAUGUGCAGUCCUCAGACCAUAAAAAUGUGUCAAAGCCUUCUGCUGGUAAAAGCUUGAAGGAGCAAAAUAAUCAGCUAGUUCAUUACGUGAACAAUGACAUUCACAUGCCCGAUCAUCUGUACCACAACAUGUACCGCCAAGAACAAUCUGAACACGGCAAGGAACACAGAGAGCAGGAACAGAAUUAUGGCCCAUACAAACAUGACAAUGAUCUGCUCAUACAACAGUAUUUGGACAACAUCACAGAAGCAAAUGAAGAUCACAGUAUCAAUGUAGAUGAAUAUGGCAAUAAGAAGAGUGGUGCCAUAUUUAGCCGCGGUAGUAGCCCACCUGAGGCAGGUGCUGCGCGGGCUAGCACUAGCUACACUAACAGGUGGCUUGAGCGACAGACGGACAGUACAGGCGGUGAGAGAGGCAGCUUAUGUUCUGAGUGUAACAGCUCAAGGAACGUCUGCCAGUACCAUCGAAGAGAGAACCCAGAACAUCUCAUAUAGGAACAUGCAUUUAAUUGUGGGUACAACAUUAUUCAACAUUUUUAACAGGUUAAAGCAGGCAAUAUUUAAUGUACUUUGUCUCGAACAAUACUUUGUUUUGUUUUUGUGAAUGUAUUACACUGUGAUAUGGUUGUAUAUGCUUGCUAUGUGGCUGUUCUUAGAUUUAUUGGUUAACAUUUGUUUAGCAACAUAAGUUCAACUGUUAUUGUUUACUGCUUGUUAUUGAGUGUUUAAAGCUAUUUUAUUGAUCAACUUAUUCACUCCUGUUUAACACUCUCUUCAAUAUAAAAUGCAUGCAUACCGUAUAUUUCUAUGAAAUUUAUUAAUUAAACACUUUUUGUCUGGUUACACAUUUCUGGUGAUACCUAUUGAAUGUUUACACCAUGAAGUGAACAGCAUCAUCCAGAAAUUGGUCCUAUGCAUCAGAGCAGUCUGGUCAGGGGCUCCCCUCUCCACUAAAAAGUGACUCAUGGUACCAUGGAAAGAGUUGCUCCUGACCAAAUGGGCAAUGGGCAGACUGGUCUAUAGCGUAGCUGCCAGCUUUUGGCAUAAGACCCAUUUUUUCAGGACAUGGCUCACAUUUUCUGAAUUGAAAACUAAGUUUCAACUUCUUGAACUGUAAGAUUGCUUGUUUAUCAUUUCCAAUUGUUCUGUUUUAUUAAAUUUACAAUAAGGCAAUCCUUAACAAAAAGUUAUUUGGGGAAAACCCGACUGACUAACUAAAUGGCCCAAUUUUUAUGCUCCCCUUCAAUGAAGAGGGGGUAUAUUAUUUUGCUGAAUAACAGUCUGUGGGUAGACCAGUUUGUUUCAGAUCAAUAAGUCGUCAACGAAUUGACCGAUUGGUUUGAUACUUCACAUGUGCAUUGGCCUUGAACAGUAAAUGACCUCUAUAGAAAUUGGGGUCACUAGGUCAAAGUCACUGUCACAAUAAGUGUGAAAAUCAUUUCCUAUCCGUAACUCAUCAACAAAUUGACUGAUUGGCUUCAUACGUCACAUGUGCAUUGGCCUUGGACAGUAGAAGACCCCUAUUGAAAUUGAGGUCAAAGGUCAAGGUCACAAUAAGUGUGAUCAAUAACUCAUUAACAAAUUGACUGAUUGGCUUGAUAUUUCCUAUGUGCAUAGACCUUGGACAGUAGAUGACCCCUAUUGAAAUAUUGGUCACUUGGUCUGUUGCGCAAUGAUGUGAAAAUCGUUUCUGAUCAAUAACUCAUCAACGAAUUGACUGUUUGGCUUGAUACUUCACAUUUGCAUUGACCUUUGACAGAAAAAGACCCCUAUUGAAUUUGGGGUCACUAGGUCAAAAGUCACUGUCACAGUAAGUGUGAAAAUUGUUUCCGAUCAAUAACUCUUCAACAAAUUGACUGAUUGGCUUGAUACUUCCCAUGUGAAUUGGCCUUAGACAGUAGAUGACUGUUUUUGAAAUAAGGGUCACUAGAUCAAAGGUCACUGUCACAAUAAGUGGGAAAAUCGUUUCUGAUCAAUAACACCUCAAAGUAUCAACCAAUUGGUUUGAUACUUCCCAUGAGCAUUGACCUUGGACAGUAGAUGACCCCUAUUCAAAGCCCUGUUUGGGGGGCAUAAGUCUCCAAUCGCGGAACUUUUGUUUUUAUUGACGUGCAUCACAAAAUAAUCAAGAGUUUUCUGUGGUUAACGCGCUCAUUUUUCGUGUUCUAGUCAAAGUUUCUGGCUUGUUGUUUUUUCUAAACCAAACUGUAUAAUCGACAAUUUCUUUUAUCUGUCAAGUUUGUAAUUUGAAAAUAUCCUACGAAACUAAUGUAUAGGCCCUAAGUUUGAGUGGAAAUUAUUAACUCAAAAUUGACCUUCAUGGUCACCUAGUUUGAGUUAGGCAAACAAAAAUGAAGUUGUACAAUCUAUAAAUUAGUGCAUCACAUUGGCUCAAUUUAUUUUUAAGAUCUUGUCUGGAUAAAAGAUAUUAACAUAUUUAAUUUCAUUACAAUAACUAAAAUUACACAUGAGCAAAAACAAUUAUCAUAAACCGGUAUUUACUAAACAUGACCCUACCCUCCUCCCACCUCAUAUGCAAUCAAAAGCUAGGUCAAGUUACUAGGUAUAAAUUCAUAAAGUUUCACUACAAUUCAUUUAGGUAUCGGAAAUUCAAAUGAAUCAAUUUUCCUUUUAUUAGUAACAAUUACAUAAAACUUGAGCCAACCCAGCAAUAUGCAAUCUAAGGUGCGUUCUUUCAAGGUAUAUACUUAUUUAGUUUUAGGAAUUUAAGUUGGAUGAGCUGUAACAUGUCUGUUUGCUUCUAUGAAAUAUUUCAAAUGGUUAAAGGACCUUAAUUAUGUAAUUCCUGAGAAAUUAGCCAACUGAAAAUCUAAAACCUGCCUAUUACAUAUAUGCAUAUGUUUUAAGUACAAAAAUGUCUUUAAUUUUAAAUUGAAAAUCAGAUUUACCUACAGUAGAAACCCCAUGGCUCGAACUGUAUUUUGCCUAUGGUUUUAUUUUAAUUUAGAUCAUACAAACUUAAAGUUUUAAUGUAAUCACUCUUCCAUUCCUGAGAAACCAGAUUACUGGAAAACUUUAACCUGUCUUUAUAACCAGUCUUAAUAGAGCAUAUGCACAUUUCUAAGUUUAAAAAAUGGCCCCUUCUUUGACAAAUUUCAAACUUAACAUACCAAACUUGGCCACCUUAGCCAGCGGCUUAGGGGUCAUUUUAUUAUUGUAAACAACUGUUCAUGUUUGAAUUAAAGUCUCUAUAACGCUCAAAAUCAACGAAAAUUUCGUAAAGUAUUUCAAAAAUAAAGUUAACACCUUAACAAUCAGUGUUCCUUAUAGCAAUAGCCACAAUUUCAACGCUGGAUGUUUGUAGAUACAAAAUGCUCGUUUUAUUUAUUUGUGACCACAAUUAAUUCCAUUUUAAUUUUCCGCGAAUAUAUCUAUUCAUACGACACACGAACACCAUGUAAGUGUUCAUGUGUCGUAUGAAUAGAUAUCAUUGCAGGAAAUUAAAAUGGAAAAACAACGAGCAUUUUGUAUCUAUAAACAUCUAUUUUACCAGACCACAUCUGGCGUUGAAAUUUUGGCAAUUGCCAUAAGGAACCUGAUUUUUAAUUGGUUAAGUUUAUUUUACGCAAUAUUGUACGAAAUGUUCGUUGAUUUUGAGUAGUAAUGUUACUUUAAAUCCCUCAAGCCAAUCCUGAGGAACUAGCUUAAUGAAAAAGUUCAUAAAAAACACAGAAGGAUAGAGGACAAUCUAUAUGCCCUUCCCCACCCCCACAUCAUGAUUUGAUGGCAUAAAGGAAUUCACCUACCUAUGUAUCCUCAUGCCCUGCUAUGGAUUGCAAUAUCCCAACAAACAUUUUGAUAAGGAAGAUCCAGCUUAAGAAUGGUUGAAGUGUUGGAUCUGCUUACUAUGUUUACUUGUUGUACUAUGUUUAUUUAUGAUAAUUGAUAUUUAACUGUGAUCAGAUAUACCUUAAUGCCUUUUGAUUUGUUAGGAAUAAACUGUUUUUGUUGU